GACUGACUCACAAGGUCUUAUUUAGACAUGUGAAGAGCGGCAGAGAUACACAUCAAACAUAUCGCUCAACACAAGAACUGAAAUGCUGAGACCACUUCUUUUCACACUAGCCGUGGUUUUAAACAAUUACCUGUUUACUGGUGGUCACGACAUCCGACUGGUCAAUGGUUUAGACGUCUGCUUUGGGACAGUUCAGGUCCAGAAUAAUAGCAAGUGGUUAACCGUGUGUGGUAACUCCUGGGACAUUGAUAAAGCUGCUUUGGUGUGCAGAGAGCUGGAAUGUGGAAGAGCUGUUAUUGCACAUGGCCACACUCCUUCCGAGCCGGAGAGUGAUCAUGUAUGGCUGGACAAUUGUUUGGAAGAUUUGUCAUCCAUCACACAAUGCCAAUAUAAAAAUGAAAGUGGUUGUCAAGAUGCUAGAGUCGUGUGUUCAGCUUCUUCAGUUGUUAUCAUUGUUGCUGUGGUAGCGGCUGUACUGCUCAUUUUGUCUGCACUGCUGAUUAUUGUCCUGGUAAAGAAGAGAAAAAAACAAAAGAAAAUCCAAAUAUGCUCCUAUUCACAAGAUGCAGUUAAUGUGCUAGAUGAGAUCCAUAAACACCAAAAUGAAGAGAAUGCUGAUGAUGACUAUGAGAUUGUAGAUAUGGAUUAUGGAGAUCAUGAAGAUGUCAACUCUGACUCUGAACAAGACUAUGUAAAUGUAGAUCAGGAUGACUCUGAACAGGACUAUGUCAAUGUAGAAACAGACGAUUCAGAACAGGACUAUGUCAAUGUCAGCAUUACAGAAAACAGAAGUAUGCUGGACAAUAACUAUGAAGACAUGAAAGUUAUUUGAUUAAAUGUAUUACUGAUUUUCAAAAGUAAAAAAGGACCCAGGACUUUUACACUUCCGAAGGAUUUCAAGAUUCAUUUACCACACAAAACUGCCACACACUGAUAAAAAUGGAGCCAGACGUUGCCACACAAGGAACAAGCACAGUUCGCAGUGAAUUAAUUCAUUAUAUCUUACAAACAAUGUUCCAUGAAUUAUUCUUUGUAAAUGUAGAGAACAAUGACUCAGGGGACAUUAAUAUUAAAGAUUUAAAUUGUUGCCUAAAUAUUAAAAUACUGCAGACUUUUCUUUAGCCAUUAUUUGUGAUUUACAGAUAAUUACAAAUCUCUGGAAUUUUGUGAGUGCAGAUUCGCUGAAAAUGGUGGCACUAGCAAUUUAGCAAUUGUGAACGGAGCAAGCAACAAGAACUUUGUUAAAAAAAAAAGUUUUUUGACAGAUUCUCAUGAUGAGAAUCUUCUAAAGAAGAAACCUCAGAGAGAAAGAAAGCAGUAUAGCUGUCCAUUUACAUUGUGACACAUUGCUGUGUCUCCCUCCCUCAACUGUUGCUAAUACCCACUAAUGAGUUACUGUUACUGUGUGCUGUCUGCCUUCUAUCUGCCCUCGUGUUAAAUAAAGUUAAUUAAGAAUUAAUUUUAAAAAUGUAUAGUUUAAACAGUCUAAUAUGCUUGUACUCUGCACAGUGAUGUUUCCUCUGAAUAUAGCUGUCAUGUUUUACUAAAUGACUGCAAAUACAGUGCAAGUUCAGUUUUUAGUUCCGUGUUCUAUACAAGGAAAUGCUGAACAUGCUGGCAACAUGUUUCACACUUACAGACUCUGUGUGUCCAAAAGGACACUUCCUCAAAUUUGCUUCACAGCUUUGUCAGUGUGUUAACUUGUUUUGCUGAGAACAUUAUUUUUCUGCAUCCUGCAAAAUCACAGUGGUUGGGAAAUCAUACUGAAUGCUCCAUUUUGAAGUACUGCAUUUCUGACAUGGUUUCUCUAUAUUCCCCAGAGUAAUUAUGUAGCCUAAACAGCUCAUUUAACUUCUUUGCAGAGAUUAUUUAAAUUUUUGAAUAUGCAGAUGUGCCUUUUCUCUUUAUUUUAUAUAUUUUAAAGAAACAUAAACACUAACUUUUUUGCAUAAAACAUUGGCUUUAUCGCAUUUGCUGUCAAUGAAAAACAUGCAUUUUACCAACAUCAUGGUGUAGUAACAGCAUCUACCAGCAGGGGGUUCAUUCCAACCAACGAAUUUCUGACCCCCAGAUGAAAUCAGAGAGAGUCAGACAAUCAUUUAAAAAGCCAAUAUUAUUCACAUUUAUCUCACUUAUUUAUCUUACUGCUCAAUCCAAUUCUGUUUUUCCUCCACCUUCCAUUACAUCCUGCCUUUAUGAUCUCAAAGUAUGGAUGGAUCAAAAUGUCUUAAAAAUGAAUACUGAGAAAACAGAAAUCCUGUUAAUAGGCCCUAAAUCCCUUCUCCCAACAUGACUUCUCCAUUCAUAUUGAUGGAGUUAUAGUUUAUCCAUCACAUAUGCAAUCUCUAUUUGAUUCUAAAUUAUGAUUUGAACCCCAUCAAUCAGCUUGUUAAGUCUUGUUUUUUCAUCUUCGUAAUAUUGCCCGUAUAUGGCCUUCAUUAAAUCUUGAAGAUGCUGAAACUGUUGUCCAUGCUUUUAUAUCUUCACGUCUGGACUAUUGUAACUCUUUGUUUUACGGCCUACCCACUAAAGCCCUAAUUAACUAACUAAAGCAACUAAUUCAAAACUAAGCUGCUCGUGCCUUUACAUUUAAGAAAAAUCAGCUGACAUCACUCACAUCCUACAGCAGCAUUGGCUCCCAUUCACAUGCAGUUUAUACUUGUCCUAUUCUUCAUGAUGUAGCACCUUCUCACCUCUCAGAAUUAAUAAACUAUGUCCCUGCCCAUACUCUGAGAUCGAGUUCUGAGAAUUUGCUUGCAGUACCCAAGUUCAAACUGUUGGUGGUAUAGGGCAUUUAGCUAAGCUUUGGAAUAAAAUCCUACAAAACCUUCAAACUGUCUCCUCACAAAACUGAUCUCAAAACUCAUUUAUUUAAAUUAUGUUUUGUUAACUGAUUGUUUACUUUCAGUUUCAGGUCUAUGCCUCUUUUUUUUUUUUUUUUUUUUUUUAGCAUGUUAUUUCACGAGUUCACACUUUCAAAUAAGUCAGAUAAAAUAAAUGAUAUACAUAUUUGGCGUGCUGUCCGGGGAGAGGGCUCCAAGCUCGGUAUUUGGCCCGAACACAGAGUACUCACCCCCCUAUUUAAGUUAGGAAGUAACCAAGUGAGUGUGAGGAGACGGGGUGGUGGAGGGAUGCCGAAAACUGUCAAGGAUUCAUGGUUGAGUUGACUGUGGUUAUAUAUAUGCCUGUACUCAUUCUGAUUGGGUAGAUAUGUUGAUUAUGACUGAUUGUUGACAGCUGGUUGAGAUGAUGUGAUAAUUGGAUAGCUUAUUUGACGUUGUUCCUCCCAAUACGUUAAUAAAACAUAAUAUAAUCAC